AUGGCUCACAAUACAUCAUCUGAUGAUUCUGAUAAUGAAAUUUCUACAAGAACUAAACUCUUUGAACAUGAAAAAUCUAUACAUGAAAUUCUUGGAGGAGGAAAAGUGGCAGAUAUAUUAUUAUGGAGGAACAGAAAUGAAUCUGCUGCACUUUUUCUUGGGAUGACAGUGAUAUGGUUUCUAUUUGAGAUCCUUGAGUACAAUUUUGUGACAAUCAUUUGUCAAUUUUUCAUCACCAUGAUGCUUGUACUAUUCAUUUGGUUCAAAGUUGGUGAUAUAUUAAAAUGGAAAAUACCUGAGAUACCAGAAAUUAGUUUACAAGAGUCUUUCUUCAAUGAUCUUGCUUUCAUUCUCUACAGAAGAUUCAACCAGUUAUUACCAAUACUUUUCCAUAUUUCAUGUGGCAGAAACCUACCACUCUUUCUUAUGACCAUUGUUUCCCUCUAUAUAUUCUCUGUGAUUGGAAGCUACUUCAGCUUUGUUAAUCUUCUAUACAUCGGCUUUCUAUGCAUGCAAACAUUGCCACUUGUGUUCGAACGGCGCGGCCAAGAAAUUAACAUUCUGUUUGAAGAUAUCAUUCUGGUUCGUGUUACUUUGUGGGAUGGGAAAGGUCGAAAGCCACAUCAUAAGCAUUUUAAAACCAUCAACAAAAGACCUUAUACCCAUGGGACAAAUGAAGUGUUGGUUUUGGGAUGCAAGGUUAUUUAUAAGAUGGAUGUUGAGUCGGGAUUUGUAGGUGUUUGGGUUUGA